UGUCAGCGCGUUCGGACGUAAGAAGCAUCACCGGGACCAGGAGGAGGAAAAUGGAAUAGCAGCUCAGUGAGGCGCCGUUUGGAGAUGCGGAUAAUUUCCUUAUAUAAAAUCAGUCUGACAGUAUCAACUGGCGAUUAGGAAUUACGGGACUUUUUGUCGGAACUUUGGAACAUGGCUGUUAAGUGUCUUCUGAUUAUUUUAGCGUGCAUUAUGGGACAGCAACCAGUUAAAGGACUAAAUCUGGGAUACAUCUCUGAAGCCCCCAGCAUUAAUAUAAAAGAAGAAGUAUACACAAUUAAUGCAAGCGAUACUCUAGAGAUUAUUUGCUGGGGACAACAAAUCUUGGAGUGGACAUGGCCUAGAAAUCAAAGCAGUCUUGAGCAUAGGAUAUCAGUGAGUGACUGCACUGGAUAUGGUUUCUUCUGUAAAAAUCUUACUCUUUCAAAAGCCAUUGGCAAUGAUACUGGGAGCUACAAAUGUGCUUAUAAAGAUUUACCCCAGGAAGAAGGGAAAACAUUGUCCAGCAUCUAUAUAUACGUUCAAGACUAUAGGGCACCAUUUGUCAGCUCAUCUUCAAAUAUUGAGAUAGUGUUCAUUCAAGAAAACACACCUGUUGUUAUACCAUGCCUUGGCUCUUUUCAGGACCUGAAUGUGACUUUAUUUGCGAAAUACCCAGACAGAGAAAUUGUUCCAGAUGGGGAGAUUAUUUACUGGAAUAGUCGCAAAGGAUUUAUUGUCCCCAGUUUCUUAAUCAAUUUUGCAGGAAUAGUACGCUGUCAAACAGUUAUAUAUGGCAAAAUAUUCCAGUCACCACUUUUCAUGUUAACAGUUGUAGGCUACAAAAUCAAAGAGCUCUGGAUGACCCCACCACAGCAAACACAGUUGAUAGUUGGUGAGAAGCUGGUAAUAAACUGUACUGCUAAAACGGAGUUAAAUGUGAGAAUAGAUUUUAAAUGGACAUUUCUAGCUCCAAAGGAAAAAUACCCACUACAACUCAGCCAUCCCACUAUACAGUUCAACAAGAAAAAAUUAUGGGAUAGUUUAGAGCUUUUAAGUACUUUAAUAAUAGAGAAUGUGACCAUGAAUGAUACAGGAAAGUACAUUUGUACAGCAUUUAGUGGAAGAAUGGAAAAAACAAGCAACACCACUUUAAUAGUCUAUGCAAAACCUUUCAUUUCAAUUGAACAUGACACAAGCACUUUGAUUGAGGCAAAAUCAGGAGAUCGACUUGUUAGAAUUCCAGUAAAAUUUUUAGCCUAUCCACCUCCUUUAGUCGAAUGGAAGAAAAAUGGAAAUCCAAUCCAUCAAGAUGAUCAAAGCUACAAGAUCAAAAACAGCAGCUAUGACUUAAAUAUUUCAUAUGUGACUGAAAAAGAUGCUGGAAAUUACACUGUUAUUUUGAAGAGCCCACUAACUAAAGAGGAGUAUAGCUAUACAUUCCAGCUAGUUGUGAAUGUUUCUCCUCAUAUUCGUGAGAAAGAUGUUGCUAAUGAAAAGGAUCUUUAUGAACUUGGUAGCAGUCCUGUUCUUAAAUGUACAGCUGAUGGAAUCCCUUCACCAGUACUGAUUCAGUGGCAGUGGAUAUCAGAAGAGAAGUGCAUCUUCAAUUAUCCCCAAGGGAUUGAUCAAUCACCAGAGUGCAACAACUGGAAAGAUAUUGCAAGAAACAGCACAAAAAAUCCAAUUGAUGACAUUGUGAACAGGAUUGACAUUAUUGAUGGAGUCACUAAGACUGUGAGCAUACUAAAGAUUCGCACUGCAAAUGCAUCUGUUAAAUACCGGUGUUUGGCAAAAAACAAAGUUGGACAAGAUGAAAGAGAGAUAAUUUUUCAUGUUACAAGAGGUCUGAAAAUGAACUUACUACCCAGUGAUGAGCCCAUAGAGAAAGAUAAUGUAACUGUGCAAUGCAAAGCUGACAGAUUCACCUACAAGAAUUUAAAGUGGUACCAAAUGAAGAAUAAUCCCUUCUCCAACCGUCAUAAGGAACUUCUUGUACUUCCAUGCAAGCAUCUCAACCUUCCUGAAGAGAACAUUGAAGGAGUAUCUAAAUUUGAACAGGAUGAAGAAAACAUCAUUCUUGAAUUAAAUUUUCAAAUGAUUUCCAGCAAAGCUGAGGGUGCCUAUGUAUGUCAGGCAGAGAAUGUGAAGACAGGUGAAAAGCAUUGUGUAGUGAAGCGCCUUUCUGUAAAAGCUUUACAGGCUCCUCUUGUUUCAAUAAACCCAACCAGUCAGCAUGUAAAUAUUAGUGAAACUAUUGAACUUACCUGCACUGUUAGUGGAACUCCUACUCCUGUUGUGACAUGGAUAAAAGACAAUGCCACUUUAAUGGAGGAUUCUGGCAUUGUUUUUACACAGAAAAGCAGAGCUUUGACUAUCCAGCGAGUUAAAAAAGAAGAUAUGGGUGUGUAUCACUGCAUGGCCUGCAAUGAUUUGGGAUGUCAAAUGGCACGUGCUGUUGUCUCUAUUGAAGGUGCAGAAGAGAAGAAAAAUGUAGAGCUUAUUAUCCUGAUAGGCACAGGGGUGAUUGCCCUCUUCUUCUGGCUUCUUCUAAUAAUCAUCAUGAGAACCAUUAAAAGGUCCCAUAGAGAAGAAUUCAAGACAGGCUACCUAUCAAUCAUUGUUGAUCCUGAUGAAGUUCCAAUGGAAGAAUUUCUGACUUAUGAUCCUACCAAGUGGGAGUUUCCCCGAGAUAGGCUAAAGCUAGGGAAACCACUUGGCCGUGGUGCAUUUGGUCAGGUGGUGGAAGCAGCAGCCUUUGGAAUCCAAAAAGCCUCUACGUGUACAACAGUUGCAGUAAAAAUGCUGAAAGAGGGUGCCACCUCCAGCGAGUACAGAGCAUUAAUGUCUGAGCUGAAGAUAUUGAUCCACAUUGGCCAUCACCUUAAUAUUGUGAAUCUGCUUGGAGCAUGCACUAAACCUGGAGGUCCUUUGAUGGUAAUUGUGGAAUAUUGCAGGCAUGGAAACCUGUCAAAUUACCUUAAAAGCAAGAGAGGAGAUUACACACCUUAUAAGAACAAAAGAUCCAGUGUAAGAACUAUAGAAGAAUGUGACAAGGACCUCGACACAACAAGAAACCUAGAAAGUAUCACUAGCAGUCAGAGUUCUGGUAGCUCUGGUUUUGAUGAAAACAGAUUGUCUUGUAAUAUGGACGAUGAAGAAGAACUGGAAAAUCAUCAGAAGACUGUCUUGACAAUGGAAGACCUGAUCUCUUACAGUUUUCAGGUUGCCAAGGGAAUGGAAUUUCUUGCCUCACGCAAGUGUAUCCACAGGGAUUUAGCAGCACGUAAUAUACUCUUGUCAGAAAAUAAUGUUGUUAAGAUUUGUGACUUUGGCCUCGCCCGUGAUGUUUACAGAGACCCUGACUAUGUUCGUAAAGGCGAUGCUCGUCUUCCACUGAAAUGGAUGGCACCAGAAACAAUUUUUGACAGAGUUUAUACAACACAAAGUGAUGUUUGGUCAUUUGGUGUUUUACUUUGGGAAAUAUUUUCAUUAGGUGCAUCACCGUAUCCAGGGGUUGCAAUUGAUGAGGAAUUCUGCAGGAGACUAAGACAAGGCACAAGAAUGCGAGCUCCUGAUUAUGCCAGCCCAGAAAUAUAUCAGACAAUGCUGGACUGUUGGCUUGGGCACCCUAAAGAGAGACCAACGUUUGUUGAAUUAGUUGAACACUUGGGAAAUUUAUUAGAACUUAGUGCCCAAAAGGAUGGGAAAGAUUACAUUCCUUUAACAGUAUCAGGGAAUUUGAAGGAGGACUCUGUUCUUUCACUACCCACUUCACCUGUUUCCUGUGUUACUGAAGAACAGUGCAGUGAUUCCAAAAAUAACUAUGCUAAUGCUGCAGUUGUGAGCAGGUAUAGUCAAGGUGGCAAGAGGAAAAGCCGGCCAGUUAGCGUGAAAACCUUUGAGGAUAUUCCAGUGGAGCAAACAAUGGCUGUCGACAAUCAGACAGACAGUGGAAUGAUCCUGUCUUCAGAGGAGCUGAAAGUUCUGGAGAAUCAGCAUAAUCAAAUUUUGAAAUUUAGCAAAAGCAAAGAGUCCGUGGCAUCUGAGAACUCCAACCAUACAACUGGUUACCACUCUGACGACACAGACACGGUCAUUUACAGCAAUGAGGAAGCAGAACUUUUAUAUAGCCAGGAAACGCCUCCGAUUUGCUGCAUGCAAGCUGUAGAGUAUGACCCUGUUGUUCGCUAUAGUGCUCCGCCUGUGUGAGACAAACUUGUUUUGCAGACUUCCUGACCGCUACAAAACACAAAAACAUUACCAGCUAUGGCCAGCUGUUGCCAGUCACUGUCUUUCUUGCCUGGAAAUCCCAGUGCUGACCAUCACAGUGAUUAAGCUCUGCAGUAAGGCGAAUGUUUAAAAAGGAGUGAGUGGAGUGGCUUUUUAAUGUAUAUAAGAUCUGUUAUUUUUAAUAUGGAACACAAGGACUUCUGCAGGAGUUACAUCUGUUUGAACUGUACAACAAUGAUGUGGACAUUGCCAGUGUUGCCACCCACCGAAAAUGCAGGAAUGUGGCUCAUGAUUUAAAACAUACAUGCAGCUUGUAAUCAUACAUUUUUCCACAAAUGGUAUACUUUGUAGCAUAUGUUAUGCUUUUGGAAUUGUACUUAAAGAGAAUGACAUAUUUAUAGCAACAUGAUGACAUUUCUUUAGAAAUAAAUGUAAUAUAUUACUUGAAAAAAAUUUAAUAUCUUUUUGAAUUUGUCAUUUAAGACCCUAAAUGUAUCGUUUCACUUUUAUCAUUACAUUGCCAAAUGAGCUAAAGCAUGUAAGUGCUUUUCUGUUGUUUUUGUACAUUUUCAGGAAAUAUGCUAUGCUUGUUUAUUGCAAAAGAAUCUAUUUGCUAUCAAAACUUUUGUAAUCUAACAUUAUCAUGAAUAAAACUAGUUUUAUAAAAUAAA